AUGUUCCAGCUUCGGCGAGGGACAUUCGGACUUUCACCCCUCCAAGUUCUCGCCGUCGAUCUUCUCAACCCAACUCCAGCCGCGGAGGCCCGCAAGCACAAGCUUAAGAACCUUGUCCCUGCUCCCCGCUCCUUCUUCAUGGACGUCAAGUGCCCUGGAUGCUUCACCAUCACCACCGUCUUCUCCCACGCACAAACAGUCGUCAUCUGCGCUGGCUGCUCGACCGUCCUGUGCCAACCAACCGGAGGCAAGGCCCGUCUUACGGAGGGCUGCUCUUUCCGGAGAAAGUAG